UUUACAACUGAUAUCAAGCUUCAGGACGUCACAGCGGAGUGGAAACAUGAAGACAAGAAAGUCCACGUUUAUCAGAGAGACCAAAACCAGUCUUACAUACAAAGUCGCACAGAAGUGAAGAACGAGCAAAUAAAAAUGGAGACCUCAGUCUGACCCUGAAAGACCUCCACCUCACUGACAGUGGAGUCUACACCUGCACCGUCUACAACAAGGAUGGACACAUGCUGCUACAGAAAUCAGUGACUCUCAGUGUCAGAGAGUACCAGCUGGAGAUGGUGGAGGUGACACAGGGGAAGGAGUUUGUCCUGCUGCCCUUUAAAAUCAAAGAAGGCUUCACCCAGGAUGUCAAAGUGGAGUGGAAACACAAAAACAAGAUGGUCCAUGAGUAUCAGAUUGGUAAAGACCAGUGUCACUUAAAGGGCCAAGAUCAGAAACAGCGCACUGAGAUGAAGAAAGACCCACUGAACACUAAAGACCUCAGUCUGACCCUGAAAGACCUCCACCUCACUGACAGUGGAGUCUACACCUGCACCGUCUACAACAAGGAUGGACACAUGCUGCUACUACGAAAUCAGUGA